AUGAAUGAAACGGACUUAUUUUGCCAAAACAACCAAACAGUCAAUUUGACUAACGCAUCAUGUAUAAACGGAACUCCCUCACCUUUCAGCCACAUCGAUAUCACCACUUUCAUGCACAUUUUUCCAACCAUUUAUGGCAUUUUGUGUUCAGUCGGAGUUAUAGCCAACGGACUGGUCAUCUAUGCGGUGGCAGCAUGCAAGAAGAAGAUGGUUUCAGACAUCUACGUGCUGAACUUGGCAAUAGCAGAUAUGCUCUUUUUGCUUGUGAUGCCCUUCAACAUUCACCAGCUGGUGAGAGACAGGCAGUGGGUCUUCGGAAACUUUAUGUGUAAAGCGGUUGUGGUGGUGGAUGUCAGCAACCAGUUUACCACCGUGGGGAUUGUUACUGUGUUGUGUAUUGAUCGGUACAUAGCUAUUGUCCACCCCACAUCAGAGAAGCGGACCAUCCAGUGGACCAUUAUCAUCAACAUGCUUGUGUGGCUUGGCAGCUUCCUCCUCACUGUACCUGUCAUGAUAUACGCUAAGGUGGUGCGCAGGCAGCAUUUGGAGGUCUGCAUGAUGUACCUGGACGGGCCUGAGGACAUGUACUGGUACACUCUCUACCAGUCUAUCCUGGGCUUCAUCAUCCCCCUCAUCAUCAUUAGCACCUUCUACUCACUCACGCUCUAUCACGUCUUCAGCUCCAUUCGUCGGGUCAAGCGUAAACAGUCUGUGUGGGCAAGGAGGGCCACUAAGAUGGUCCUGAUGGUGAUCGCCCUAUUCCUGAUCUGCUGGUCACCAUACCAUGUCAUUCAGGUUGUCAAUCUGAGCAACAACACCCCGACUAUUGCUUUUGUCUAUGCCUACAACAUCAGUAUCUGCCUCAGCUACUCCCACAGCUGCAUCAAUCCGCUCAUGUUGCUCAUCUUUGCCCAGAACUACCGCGAACGUCUUUGUCGCAAGAACACACUGCACAGCUCCCAGCACUCUUCAAAGAUCACAGUGGUCAAAACAGAUGGUUCGAGUAUGGCCAAUGACCCCAACUACCGCAGUACUGUCAUUUAA